GCUUUGAGCCAAUGAGAGGAAGGAGCGUUGCCAAACGGGGCGGGGCUUCCCGCCUCUUCGUGGUUGAAAACAAACGCCGCAUAACCGCAAGUUUGGGUGUGUUUGUUUCCACGCGAAGAGGCAGUCUGCGCGAGACAUUCAGAUCAUACUCUCCCUUCUCUGUUCAUCAUGGCUGUGGAUGGAUGUGGCGUCGUCUGCAAAUAUAUCCUCAUAUUUUUCAAUAUCAUCUUCGCGCUGGUGGGAUUCGCCUUUCUGGGCCUCGGUCUAUGGCUGAGAUUCAGUGAAAACACCAGAGGGAUCUUUGACAUAGAAUCUGUCAACUCAAGCGCAUUCGUCAUAGGAGUGACUGUGAUGAUCGCUCUGGGUUUGGUGAUGCUCGUCGUGGUGACGGUUGGAGACUACGGCGUCUGCAGUGAGAAGAGAUGUGCUCUGUCUGUGUUCUCGGUACUUCUGACCUUUCUGGCUAUCGCUGAAGGCGUGGUGGGAUUUCUUGCUUUUACCAAGCGUGAAGAGGUGGGAUUUCGGAUGGGAGAGUUCUACACGAGCUUGUACACGCUGUAUGCCACCAGUGGAGACCCGGCCUUGGCGGUCACUCUGACAUUCAUCCACAAGAUGCUUGACUGCUGUGGAAUAACGGGAGUCCCCAUCAUAGAGAUCGCCAAAAAAACCUGCCCCAAAUCCGACAACUUCUUCAAGAGCAUUGUGAUGGACAGUUGCCCCAAGAUCAUCUUGACCGUCUUUGACAGCAAAGCGUCGCUGGUGAUGGGCAUCUUCCUUGGAACCGGAGCUCUUCUGAUCGUAGCGCUGAUUUGCAGCGUCACUCUCUCUAACAAGAUCCGCCAAGCCGCCUCUGCUCCUCAGUAUAUCAUCCUGACUCAGACCGCGCCUUCCCCGACAGGCUUUCACCCACCGCCGCAUGACUUCAUGUACACCUCCCACCCCGACCCCAACCCCGUCGUCUUCACUCCCCUCACUGUGGCUAACCUCCCAGCAGCUAGCAUCCCCGCGGCUAACCUCCCAGCAGCUAGCAUCCCCGCGGCUCAGGCUUAGCGCGCUGCAUGACAUCUGCUUCCAGCAGCGGGCUCACCGCAUAGAACAAUCUAAAGGAGCAUUCCCACCAUGAAACAAAGAACACUUCACUCCCAGCUGCUGCUAAUUUCUGCUUUUGAAAUUAUCUGCAAAUAAAUUUGACUAAUUGAACACUAAUGUUAUAUUCACACCAGAAAUCUUUUGGUGUGUUUUACCUUCAGUUUCAUCACGUUUCUCAGCUAUUCUUAUUUUGCACUACAAGUUUGUACCACUAGGUGGUGUAUUGAGCCUCUCCAAUGUGCAAAACCUAGCAGUUAUUGUGUGAAUCUUUUGGAAAAACAGUUCUGAUGUCUAAAUCAGCAGCUGUUUUACCCACUGAAGCUGAAAGCAAGCGUAUACAGGCACAGGACAGACUCAACACUGCCAUUCAGUGCACAGCAAAGGCACGAUUCAAAUAUUAAAUCGUGCAAGAAAUUCCUCAUAUGUUUUAGCGCAUUUCCAUGAAUACUGUAUAUGAACCUUUAAUCUUGGUUAAUAAUUUCCAAUCCGAUUUUUCCUCCUUUAUUACUAACUUUAAAAAAAAAUUAAAGUAGUAUAGGAAAUCCAUUCACAGGUUGGACUCAUACUCACGAGUGUUUAAUCUUCACCAUAGCUUUUUGUAGAUGUGACUGGUAGGAAGUGUAGUCUCUCACGAUAGCUCCUUUCUCUGGCUGUUUUAAUCCUGGGAGGCAAUCCGGAGGAAUCACUUUGAUCACACAGCAUCUCUUUAUCCCAUCUCUGCUCUUUACUUCCCCCCCCCUCCACUCUGUAUGUUUGUGUCCACAUGACAGAUUAUUGCCCUGAUCUGCACCGCGAUCCUCAACAGUCACAUCAAGAAAAACAACCAGGCCAUCAAUGCGUACUACUCGGCCGUCUACUAAAGAAGAUGGACGUGGCGGGUUUUCGCCGGGAAACACCGUUUCGUGACAUCAAGCCACCAGAUCAGCGUUUACAGACUUUUGUGUUGAACUGCACUGAAAAAUAAGUAAAUUAAGGGAGUCCUGCUGACUGACUGGUGUCCAGACCAGUGUGGGUUUGUGUUAUCUGGGAAUCCAUCUGAGGAACACAAUGGGAGGCUUCCUGUUGUUUCCAGUUUGUAGCGUUACAGCAGUUCUUAUUUUUAAGUGACGUUUUACAGUUUUUAAAUAGCUGCAUGUAGAAAAGGGAUCAUUUUAACAUUCAAUUUUUUUCAUAAGCUUUUUUUCCCCCCAUUGUGACUUGUUUUUUGUGCAUUAGUUUUUAUUUUUUUCAAUACAUUUUGUAGAAACUGCAUUCCAUUUAAGAUCUUUUAUUGAUCAUUUGUGGCUUGAAGAUAAAGUUCAAGGUCCUUUAAGCGUGACAAACACUGUGCUGACUUUCAGAUUCAGAUGUGAAGUUUCCUAAACCGUUCCAGUGGAAUGCCUGAGGUGUAAACCACUAAGUUUUGCCUUUAUAAACACUUUUCCAUUUAAGGUACAUCAGACUGUUCAUUGCUGCAGGUUUCUGUGACCAAUUAAACAUCAAGUGCCCUGCUGAGAUAGCAAAUAGCUGCACGCUUGUGUUUCGUUUUUCUUCAAAAUUGACUACUUCUUUGCACUUUGUUUUCCAAUGUUGAGCAUAAAGGGAUACUGUUUGUAGAAAAUUGUAUUUGUUUGAAUAAAAGACAAAAAUCAAAGUUG